AUGUUACUUAUCUGGGCUUCCAUACCGACUAUCGGCACUACUGUUUUACACAGUAGGGCUAAUGAUGUCAGUGUUUCACUACAGUAUUCUUUUCUUCUUCUUUUUUUUCUCGUUUUCUCCUCUCUUUUUUUCUUCUCGUGUUAUUAUUUUUUUCUCUUCCUCUUUUUCCUCUCCUCCUCCUUCUCGUUCUUCUUCUCCCCCUUCUCCUUGUUCUUCUUCUCCCCCUUCUCCUUGUUCUUCUCCUCCCCCUUCUCCUUGUUCUUCUCCUCCCCCUUCUCCUCGUUCUUCUCCUCCCCCUUCUCCUCGUUCUUCUCCUCCCCCUUCUCCUCCCCUUCUUCUCGUUCUUCUCCCCUUCCCCUUCUCCUCGUUCUUCUCCCCUUCUCCUUCUUCUCGUUCUUCUUCUCCUCCUUCUUCUUCUCCCCUUCUCGUUCUUCUUCUCCCCUUCUCCUUCUUCUCGUUCUUCUUCUCCCCCUUCUCCUUCUUCUCGUUCUUCUUCUCCCCCUUCUCCUUCUUCUCCUUCUUCUUCUCCCCCUUCUCCUCGUUCUUCUUCUCCCCCUUCUCCUUCUUCUCGUUCUUCUCCUCCUCCUCGCCUUUCCCCUCCUUCUCUUUUAUAAUAACCAUCACCAACACGACCACUCUAAAUACCAGUUAUAA